GCCCGUGAGCGCGGCGGGGGUGGCUGCAGCGCGGAGCGGGGCCGGGCCCUGGCGGAAGCGCGGCGUCGGAUGAGGCUGUGGGGCUGGGGCACCGCUUCGCCCCGGGAGCAGCUUGCCCUAGUGUGACUGGUCAACAGCAGGAGAUGUCGACCCCCCCUCUGGCCGGGGCGGGGAUGCCGCCGGGCGCUUUCUCCGGGACGCAGGCUCAGGCUGCCAGGGAGGUGAACACGGCUUCCCUGUGCCGCAUCGGCCAGGAGACCGUGCAGGACAUUGUCUUUCGAACCAUGGAGAUCUUCCAGUUACUGAGGAACAUGCAGUUACCAAAUGGUGUUACUUAUCAUACUGCAACAUACCAAGACAGACUGGCAAAGCUGCAGGAACAUCUCCGUCAGCUAUCAAUACUCUUCAGAAAACUGAGACUAGUCUAUGACAAAUGUAAUGAAAACUGUGCUGGGCUUGAUCCUGUUCCCAUAGAACAACUUAUUCCAUAUGUUGAAGAAGAUGGCUCCAAGCAUGAUGAUCGUGGUGCUGCAAGCCAGCUUCGUUUUGCUAGUGAAGAGAGAAGGGAAAUCAUGGAAGUAAAUAAGAAACUGAAACAGAAGAAUCAGCAGCUGAAGCAGAUCAUGGAUCAGUUACGAAAUCUUAUUUGGGACAUAAAUGCCAUGUUGGCAAUGAGGAACUGAACAAGGAAAAUCAAACUUUGUAACUGAAGAAGAUACAAAUCUCUUUGGAUAUACUUAUCUUCCUUGUAAGAAAUAACAUGUUUUUCCACAAUUACAUUGCAGUAAUGUUUGAAAAGUCUUCAAGACUGAAAUGUUGGGUCGUUUUCUAUUAAUGUAAAUGCUGUUGGGUAUUUUUUUUUAGAAGAUUCAACCUGUAAGUUUUACCUGUGUGAUUCUGCUCUACAGCCUCAGUAAUUUACUGAGUAUUCAGUAAUUUACUACAGUAGCAGUUUGGAUUGCUAUGCAGAUAGGGGUUUUAUAAAUAAAAUGUUUCUGUAUUUUCUUUACAAUACAAUUAAAAAUUAUAAAAACAUAUGUCUAUAUGCCAUUCUGCAGUGCAAAUAGCCUCUACAGAGAGGAAAAGUUGCAAGACAGGAAAGUUGCUCCAGUAAGCUAGAGGGCUGAAAUCAGCCAUCAGAUACUGCAACUCAAUCUGCAGUAUUUUAUAUAUUAUCUGCAGUGCAGAGCAGAGCAGGACAAUCCCCUGCCUUGCCUGGCUGACCAUGCUGUGCCUGAUGUCUCCCAGGACAGGGUUGGCCCUCCAGGCUACCAGGGUACUGCUGGCUCAUGGUCGAUUUGCACUGACCAGGACCCCCAGGUCCUUUUGCACAGCACUACUCUCCAGCCUCUCAUUCCCCAGUCUAUACACACAGCCAGGGCUGCCCCAUCCAAACACAGAAGCUGGCAUUUGCCCUUGUUGAACUUCACACAGUUGGAGAUUGCCCAGUCCUUUAAUUUGUGGAGGUCUCUCUGCAGGGCCUUUCUGAUCCCAAGGGAGUCAACAGCUCCUCCCAAUUCAGUGUCAUCAACAAACUUACUCAGUAUUCCCUGGAGUCCUGUGUUGAAAAGCACAGGGCCAAGGAUGGAGCCCUGCGGAACCCCCCUAGUGACAGUCACCAGUCUGAUGUGUCCCAUUCACUGUAAUGCUUUGUGCCCAACCUGUCAGCCAGUUGCUUACCUAUCAUGUAACUCAGUUAUCCAGCUGUGUGCUGGACAUUUUGUCCAGAAGGCUUCCAUGAGAGACAGUAUCCAAAAGCUUUGCUGAAGUCUGAAAAGAUUACAUCUCUUGGCUUUCCUCGGUCAGCUAGGUGGGUUACCCUGCUAUUCAACAAGCAUGAAACCAUGCUGGCUCUGAAGAACUGCGACCAGUGUAUUUCUGUAGCAUUAUGUAUGGUUGAAAUACUUUGGUUUUGUUUACCAGUAUGCACUGAAUAAACACCACAUUAAUCUUUUCCCUAUGACUAUCAGUCCUAGUAAACUUUGGAGUAUAUGAGUAGUUCACUAUUUCAAGUUAAUCAUAAACCUUCAUCUUUCUGUGUUCUAACUUUGUUACUCCUCACAAUUUUUGUUUGUCCUGAAAAUAAUCUUGAAUAUUGUUGUUGUCCACAGAUGCUGCCAGUGUCUAUGUGUCUCUUUCUCCAGAUGAAAAAAUACAUAAAACAACAGUUUCAGUAUAAAUCCACAGGGCACUUUACUCUUAGUAUUUGUCAGGUUGAAAACCAGCCAUCCUCAUGAUUUGCUUCUUGUGUAUCAGCCCAGUCAGACUCCAUAGUAGCUUUGUGUGAAAGACUUGAUCAGAACCUCCUGAAGCGUCUGGUUAAAUGGUAUCCUUUUAAAAACUACCUAUUUUGCAGUCUGAUGGUUUGGUACUGGAUGCUUACUGAUUUGAGAUUCACAGAUUUUAAUGUUACACUGAUUUUUUCAUAGUCAUAGAAUGGUUUGUGUUGGAAAGGACCCUGAAGAUCAUCUUGUUCCACCAUCUCUGUCACAGACAGGGUUGCUCAGAGCCCCCUCCAGCCAAACCUUGAACACUUCCAUGGAUGGGACAUCUGCAGCUUCUCUGAGCAACCUGUUCCAGUGUCUCACCGCCCUCACGGGUGUUUUGUUGUUCUAUCAGUCUCUAAUUCUGUUUUUUUAAUUUCAACCCAUUCAUCUACUCCUUGAGGUAAAAAUCACUGGUGAAAGAUCCAAUCACACCUGAUUAACAAUAUGUGACUUUUCCCUGAAAACAAGUACAAUAUAGUUGUAUUUAGCUUCUCUUUUUAAAGGCUGUAAAUAUUAACAGAUGAAUGGAUGUCCAGUCUUAGAGUUGAAAAUAAAGUGUUAGAAAAUGUUGAUUUUGAUUAGUUUACCUGGUGUUGAAAGUGAUCUUUAUGUAUUACAAUACCUAGAUGUGAAUAGAUGUCAAAACACCUUACAAAUAAGAUCUCUCCCUCUUUCUCCCAUGUCACAAAUGCUAGAGUAGAUAUCUGAGUCUGACAAAGGCCACAGCAGAAAUGUUUGUUCCCUGUUUAGAUUCAUCACUAUGGAAGAUUUUCUGGUCAGAAAUAAUAUUUUUUUCUGCAGCUGUGAGAGUCAUAACUAUUCUGUAUGCAAAGCUUUUGAAAAAGAGAUGACUGCAAGUAGAGAUUUUACUUUGUUGUUGGUUUAAAAUGCAAAUGCAUUUUUCUAUUUGCAAGCUGUAGUGGCAGCUUUCUGUUUAGUGAAUGCAUAAGCAUACAAGCAGCCUAGAAGAAGUAUUUGAAGUGGAUUUUGAAAUGGCACCAUCAUCUUAAUUGUGAGUGUAAAAUUCUCAGUUCUUCAUAUUUUUGUUCUAUUUUUGGAACAAUUAUGGAAAACUGAGAUUAGUCUAGACUUCACUGUACUGCUCAUACAGCAUCUAGGUCUUCCUACUAAACAUGUUUAAAGUUUGGUGACUUUUUUAUUACACACAAACAGUACAGAAGUAACCUAAAAUGUGAAUAAGAGUGCAGCUAUUGCAAGUCUGGGUGAUGAAAUAUUCAGCUUUCUCUGUGCAGCUGCUAGCAGUAGCCAAGGUCUGUACUACAGUUUUUCAUCUGGGAGAGAGGAGAAACACUUCAAACCAUUACCAGAAUAGAUGGGCAGUAGCUAAAUUGCAAAGUGCAGAAAUAGACAGAAUUGUAAAUUAUCACAGUAAAUACUGUCAAAGCAGGACUGUGCAAGGUGUUGGACCAAAACCAUACACUUUGACUUACACAGAUGAAAGUAAGGGUAGUGAACAUAAUUCAAAUGCUAUUGGAUCCGUGAAUAAGUAUAGGAUUUGGCCAAGAAGAUGACAAUUUUAAGAAAAGUGACAAUUCCUCAGCUGUGAAACACUUGAAUGAAUUACUAGGCAUCAACAUGUGCUGAAAUUUAGUAUUUUAUUAAUGCUAACUGAACUUAAACUGCUGGUUAAUGAAAUGGCACCAGAUGAAGUAUUUACAAAUACCAGUAAAGCAAUACAAACA